AUGGCAACUUCACAGCAACUAUCGACCUCCCCUUCUAAAUCUUUGGCUUCAACAUCUAGAUCAACGAAACCCAUAACGCUUACUUUACCUCGUAAGAGUCGAACCAAAGGUACAGGUGGAAAAAAAGCUGAUCCUUUGGAUAUCGAUAAUUCCGCUUUUGAGGCUGAACAUUAUUGCAAUGUUCUACUUACCGAAAAGCAUCUGAGUGAAUUAAUACAAAGAGAUAAUGAUUUAAGUACAGAAAUCAGGCAACUUGAUGGAGAUUUGAAAACAUUAGUAUAUGAAAAUUAUAACAAGUUUAUUAGUGCUACUGAUACUAUAAGAAAGAUGAAAAGUAAUGUUGAAAGUAUGGAAUCUGAAAUGGAUCAGCUUUCAAAAAGUAUUUCCAACAUCUCAAAUGUUACAACAUUGGUAAAUUCUGCUCUGGGUCCAAAGCGAGAUAAGAUUCGUCAAUUAACAGGUGUUCAUGAUUUAUUAAAAAAGAUUCAAUUUAUUUUUGAAUUGCCUACUAGACUGAAAUUAUGCCUAGAUCAAAAGUCCUACGCCCAGGCUGUAAGAUAUUAUGCAAAGACAUCACGUCUUUUAGAACAUUAUAGAAGCUUGUCUGUAUUCAGUUCAAUUGAAAGCGAGUGCAAAGAGAUUAUUGACAAAGUUUCCAAGAAAAUUAGAGAAAAUAUGACCGAUGAAAAUGCAACUGGCUCAGAGAUAACAGAUUGUAUAUUAUUAUUGAUUACACUGAAAGAACCUCCACAACAACUUGCUAAAGAAUAUCUUGAACUUCAAGAAACGUUCCUUUCCAAACUUCUGAUAACUACAAUUGAUGAGAUGUCAAAUAUUCCUGCGGACUAUCCUUUGAAAUCUUCUGAGGAUUAUCAAUUAACAACCUCGGAUGAAAGGGUUAUAAUCGAACUUUCCUACUUGAAUGAAAAGUUUUUAAAGGACUUGAAUAAGUUUGUCGAAUCUUUCAAUGGAUUCUUUUUGCAAUCACCAAAAGAAUGCAAAGAUACCAAGUCACCAGGAAAAUCACCCGCAAAGUCCCCAAAAAAUAGUGAUCUUGUUAGAUAUGUUUCUACCAAUUUUGAUGCCGAAGUAAAAGAACUUGUGCGUAAGGAAUUUUUAGAAUUCGUUGAUACAAUCACGUCAGAAUACUUAACGGUCGUUGAUCGCCUAUUAGAAUUUCCGGAAAACAUAAUAGAUUUUAAACCCAAGACUCACAUAAAAUUUCUUAACAAACUUAACUUUACUGCAUUAUCCUGUACAAGUCUUUGUGGUGUCAUCAAAUUUAAUGAGCGUAUCAAAGAAGUAAUCAGCACACGGGAAACAAGUAUUGGAAAGAGACUGUUUGGAAAUGCAGAAAAAGAACUUAUUGAAAAAUUUAUAGAGUUUUCUGAAAAACAGAAAACUAAG